AUGGCAGAUCAUCAUCGUCGUCAUAAAAUUCCAACCCACAUAAUUUUCUUCCACAUACUACCAAGGUUGUCGGUGGACUCGUUACAACGUUGUAAGCGUGUUUGCAAAGAAUGGGACUCGUUCCUCGAAACACGUUUUUUUGUUAACAUGCAUAUCCGCCAUUAUCUACUAACUAAUGGAUCCACCUAUCAACCCCGUCCCAAAUUUCUCUUCUUAAAUGAAAAGCGGUUUAGAAUCAUAGAUUGUGAAGCACCUUGUGAUGGUUUAAAGGACCAUGGUCACGCUUUGCCGUUUGAAGCCAAUCUACGUAGCAUCGAUAUUCAAACAUCUUUACAUGGACUCGUAUGUGUAGGUGGUUGGUUUGGAAAAAGCUUAUUUCAAAGAGAUGAUUAUUUUGAUUUAGUUUUAUGGAAUCCAUUAACGGGCCAAUACAAGAUGUUAUGCAAAACCCAUCGUCACAUUCAAUUUGACUUUUCAGAAGUAAUAGCAUUAUUAGGAUUGUAUUACUGUGAUGAUGACUACAAGCUUCUAACUGUAUCAUCUAAUGCGAGUGUUCGCAUAUACUCUUUGAAAUCCGACUCAUGGAGAUGGGUUGACUCCACAAACAACUAUCAAACUCUUUUGGACUUAGGAUUAGGAACUGAAUCUCCGCCAAAGAUCAGUAGCAGUAGUAGUAUUUGGUUGAGUGGAAAUCUCUAUUUCUUGACGAAAAGCUAUCAGCGCUUUCCUGGAUCCUCUGCUCGCGAUUGUUAUUCAAUUCUAAAGUUUGAUUCAAAGAUGGAAUACUUCACCGUUAUACCAACUCAUCCCUCUUUAAAAGCUCUAGACUUGGAGAGUGUGAGGAUGAACGUUCAAAAAGGCGUUAUUCACUUGGGUGCCAAAUAUAAAAUUAGCCUGACAAAGGCCUAUAUCCAGUUGUGGGAAAUGAUAGGUGAUGAGACAUGGGAGAAGGUAUACGUAGAAACUUUGUGCAACGAUGAUAUCCAUAUGAACCCACUUCAUUAG